AUGGCGGGAUUCGACGAGAAAGAUACUGCUGUGAACGUGGUUCCUUCCACGAUUCCGAUUGAAAAGUCCGAGUACACUGAGGACCAGGUAUAUGAGAAAGCGAGACUUCUCGGUUGCAGUCCGCAGGAAUUCCUCGAGGCGGAGGACUAUAGCAAGACUCUCGAGCUGGAGGAGGCUGCCAGUCGCGCCAAACACAUUCUCCACUUCCACGAGCACGACCCCAACUUCAACCGCGAAUCCAUUGUCCGCCUGCAGGCUUUUGUCGACAACACCGAUCUUUUCCAGAACCCCAAUGCACAAGUCGAGCUAAUUGCCGACAUCAAGAUUGAGGUUUCCCUCUUGACGGAGAACUCGCCCUAUGCCGAAGUCCGCGCUGUUGUCAGCAACAAGGACGAUGUUUCCAGCCCUGCCGGCACGAUUCGCGCUUGGACUAUUGGCCUGUUGUUCGUCGUGCUGCUGAGCUUCGUCAACCAGCUCUUCUCCGUCCGCCAGCCUGCAAUUCGAGUCGAAGGUGCAGUGGUGCAGCUCCUCUCGUUUCCACUGGGUAAAGCAUGGGAGAGAUGGCUGCCUGUGGGCGAAUUCUCUCUGUUUGGUCAAACUCUCAAGCUGAACCCGGGCAAGUUCAAUCAGAAGGAGCACAUGUUGAUCUCGAUCAUGGCGAAUGUGGCAUCUGCUUUGCCUCACUCGCGAUACAUCAUCUUCACUACCUGGAUGGAGAGGUAUUUCAAUAUGCCUUUUGCUAGCUCGUUCGGAUUCCAAGUCUGCGUUUCGCUUUCUAUGAACUUGAUGGGGUUCGGUCUUGCUGGACUGGCUCGACGAUUCCUGGUGUACCCGUCAUUCUGCAUUUGGCCCCGUUCGCUGGUCACUGUGGCGCUCAACCAGUCUCUUCAUGAAGAGCAAAGCGGUUCUGUCCCCGGACCCUUCAGAAGGCUGUACAAUACGUCGCGAUACAAGUUCUUCCUGCUCGCAUUUGGCUGCAUGUUUGUUUGGUUCUGGUUUCCUGAGCUUAUCGUCUCUGCCGUCUCGCUCUUCAACUGGCUCGCGUGGAUCUCACCGAACACCUUCAACCUUACUGCUAUAACGGGCCUUCAGAAGGGCCUUGGUUUUAAUCCUCUUCCCACAUUCGACUGGAAUAUCGUCACUCAUAACGUCGACCCGUUGAUCGUCCCCUUCCACGUCACAUUCAACAUGUUCAUCGGCGUCUUGCUUGGUGCUAUCGUGAUCAUCGCGGUCUACUGGACCAACACGUACAAUACGGGGUAUCUUCCCAUCAACACCAACACCAUGUUUACCAACAAUGGAUCUCAAUACAAUGUGUCGGCGAUUCUCAACGACAAGGGUCUGCUCGACGUGGAGAAAUACCUGGCCUACAGCCCAGUAUACAUCGCCGCAUCAUCCAUAAUUUACUAUAUCUUCUUCUUUGCCGUGUACAGUGCCGUAGUGUCCUACGCUAUACUAUACCACCGGAAGGAUAUCGCACUGGGCUUCAGAUCCUUGUUCAACACCUUCAAACGCGACGGCAGGCAGAAUGACUUUAAGGAUGUCCACAGUCGACUUAUGAGAUCCUAUCGCGAGUCGCCGGAGUGGUGGUACCUGAUUCUAAAUGUCAUCGCUAUCGGGCUUGGAGUUGCAGCAGUGGCCGGCUGGCCAACCAACACGAAUGUCGGUGUUGUCUUUUUCGGUAUUGCGCUGGCUGUGAUCUUCACCGUGCCGACUGGCAUUAUAUAUGCCACAACGGGUAUUGAAGUUGAAUAUAAUGUGCUGGCCGAAUUUAUUGGAGGGACGUGGCAGCCCGGUAACGCAUUGGCGAUGAACUUCUUCAAGGGCUUCGGAUACGUGACCGUAGCACACGCUCUCAGCUUCGCCAAUGACCUGAAGCUCGGCCACUACCUCAAGGUUCCACCCCGUCAAACCUUCUGGUGCCAAGUCGUCGCGACAAUCGUCUCCGCCCUCGUCUGCACAGGUGUAAUGAACUUCCAAAUCACCCGCAUCCCCGACAUGUGCGAGCCCGACCAGCCCAACCGCUUCACCUGCCCAAACCUACAAUCCUACUUUACAGCCGCCGUCCUCUUCGGCUCCCUCGGGGCGCGCCGCGUCUUUGGCGCCGGAGCCCAAUACACUGCCCUCCUCGCCGCCUUCCCCGCAGGCCUCCUCUUCCCCAUACUCCACUACUACGCAACCCGCCACCUCCAGCCCACGCACUGGCUCACGAAAAUCCACCCCGUCGUCAUUCUCUCUGGUGCACACGCCUGGUCGCCGUAUAACCUCGGGUACAUGUGGCCGGCUGUUCUUCCCGGGUGGAUUAGCUGGAAUUGGUUGAGGAGAAGGUAUUUGGGCUUCUGGUCCAAGUACAACUAUGUACUCUCUGCGGCGUUUUCGUCGGGCAUUGCGAUUUCCGCGGUGGUUAUUUUCUUUGCAGUUAGUUAUCAUGGCAAGGAGGUGGAUUGGAUAGGGAACAGUCCCGACAAGGGGUGUGAGAGUACGGCGUGUACGAGGCUGACGCUGGGUGAUGGCGAGUAUUUCGGGCCGAGGGUUGGGACGUUUGUUGUUUAGCUGAACCUGAGAGAUUAUUUGGUACGGGUGUGGGGGGUGGUUCUUCUUGGUCUGUUGUUUUCUUGGGAGGACCAGGCUCAUAUACUUGAGUUUCCAGGCUAUUAGAUCUUCUUGCCCCAGUCGACAGCACUGUAACCUAACGCCUUGGGACGAAUAGUACUGGAAGCUCUGUCUUCUGAUCCUCAUGUCUAGACAUGAUUGUCCUAUCCACGCGGGCUUCCCGAAACCCUAACCUUGGAACUCACCCUUCCUGCCCUGGUUGCUGGUUACUCUUAAGCCCUU